CUCAUCAAGACUGCUUCCAUAGACGGAAAGUCAAAGUUCUUGAUGCUUGAAAUUCACAUAAGCGGGUCAGUACGUACGCAGACCCAACAAGCAAGCAGUCACCUUCUUCAGCAAAUACUAGUCGCGAAUUGAAACAUGGUGUCCGCAUCAUCAUAGUUUUUUGAGACCAUGGUUCCGCCAAUAUCACCACAGAUAUUAGAGCAAAAUCCACAGUUUGCAAAAUUAUGGAAGCACCUGACGACCGAGAUUCUUGACGUGGACGCGUCGCAAAAGAGUCUCAAUGAAAAAAGACGAUGGGUUCCGCGUCUAGCGCCGGACAAUAUUGUCUCUGGUGGAGAUGCGGUGAGUCAUUUAAAUCGUUCCAAGACGGACGAUAAUCAUGAGGAAGAUGAAGAAGAAGACCAAGACGGCGAAGAAGAAGGCGGAGAAGACGACGCUCCCCAGGAUUGGAAUGGUCCAACGGAAAAGAAGCGAAAAAAGGAGCAGAGGAAGGACAUCGACCAACAAAUCGAAGAUCUCCGUAUCCGACAAGCAAGGCGCGAGAUUUUGUCGUUUUCACUGAGUCAAGCCGCAUAUUCUACCGACGGACCAUCAAGGGAAGAAAGUCUGUCACGAGAAGAACACCAUACCCGCGGUACCUCAUGGACAGACUCAGCAACAUUAUCCCCGGAAAUCAAAGACAUUCUUCUCCUCGUCUCGACAUCUCUCGAACAAGACGACGAAACUCUCCUACCCCAAGAAGACCGUGACCGAUUCAUAGCAAACUUGGACACAAUUUCCUCGGCCGUAGGCCAAUAUCUCAUCACUACAGAAAAGCGACUCGCUCAACUCGCUCAACUCGCAUCUCUCGCCACCACCGUUGGCAAUGGCAACGGUGAUGGUCAUGGUCAUGACACUGGCAGCGACAAACUCUCCAUAACCACAACCGGUCUACCCACCACAAACUCUCCGCAAACACCACCCUCUAAUCUCUCCACCCACCUAACCCUCCAACUCCAGCACCUCAACCACCUCCACACCACCUCCCUCCCCACCUCCCUCACCAGGCUCCACGAAGUUAAUCUCAAACUCCAAACCUCUCAACUCCACGCCCUGCAAACCCUACUUACCCGACUCGAAAAAAACGAUGGAUUUAAAGGUUCAGGUUAUGUUACUUGA